AUGAUUAAUAAAAUUAUAAAGUAAUUUUCUUCAUAACAUAUAAAAAAAAUUGGUGUAAUCGGCAGUGGUUAAAUGGGAACCGGAAUAGCAAUAGUUGGUAACCGUGUUUCUUAAUUAUAAGUAAAAAUAAUUGACAACAAUUUAGCUUCUUUACAAAAAAGUCGUAAAUUCACAGAGGAUUGGUGUGAUAAAGAAAUAGGUAAAAAAAGGUUAACUUCUGAAUAAAAAUUCGAUAUUUUAUCAAGAUUUUCAUAUUCUACAUAACUUGAAGAAUUACAUGAAACUGAUUUUGUAAUUGAAGCUGUAAGUGAGGACUUUUUAAUAAAGUAAAAAAUAUUUUCUACUUUGGAUAAAAUUUUACCUAAAAACACUAUAAUAGCAUCAAAUACUUCUUCUAUUUCUUUAACUAAAAUUGCCUCCACAACUAGUAGACCUGAAAAGGUUAUUGGAAUGCAUUUUAUGAACCCAGUUCCUGUUAUGAAAUUAAUUGAAGUAAUAAGAGGUUUAUAAACAUCAGAAGAAACAUUAAAUAUAACCUUAGAUUUAGCCAAAAGAAUGGAAAAAACAACAGUUUAAGCAAAAGAUUAUCCUGGUUUUAUUGCAAAUAGAUUAUUGAUGCCUUAUAUAAAUGAAGCAAUAUAUGCACUAUAUGAAGGUGUAGCUACUGUCUAAGAUAUUGAUUAAACUAUGAAACUUGGUACAAAUGUACCUAUGGGGCCUCUUACAUUAGCCGAUUUUAUCGGAUUAGAUACAUGUUUAUCUAUUAUGAAAGUUUUACAUAGUGAAUUGGGAGAUUCUAAAUAUAGACCAUGCCCACUUUUAGUAAAUUAUGUAAAUGCGGGAUAUUUAGGAAAGAAAACUGGAAGAGGAUUUUAUAAUUAUUGA